AUGCAGGACCACGGGGUUUCUGCCUCUUACAGUACGUUUACGACGCCAUUGAUUGAUAAAAGGGCAUUGAAACUUGAAUCGAUACAAGUUGCUGUACGAGUAAGACCAUUGAGCUCUAAAGAGCGUUUACAAGGCUCCAAAACAUGUGUAAAUGUGGUAAAUACCAGCGUCGUAGUGGCUGAGAAACAAUUUGACUUUGACGCUGUAUUUCCAUCGACAAUGCAGCAGGAAAAUGUCUAUACAACGUUAGUCAAGCCAUUGAUGAACGAGUUCUUUGAUGGUUACAAUGUAACUGUAUUGGCCUAUGGACAGACUGGAUCUGGAAAGACAUACACUAUGGGCAAUGAGUUCGCGUCGAGUGUAUCUCGAACUGAUCGUGGCAUCAUUCCACGCGUGAUUGACCAUAUAUUUGAACGUAUCAAUGCAAACCCGCAGCAUUUUGUCGUUAAAAUGUCGUAUUUGGAGGUUUCGAACGAAGAAAUUAUCGAUUUACUUGUAAAAACGUUUUGUUGUACUAAUACAUCAUUGCCAACGAACACGGGACUAUCUGUACGUGGCGAUGGAGAUCGUGGAAUUUUUGUUUCUGGGCUAAGUGAACACGUUGUGAAUUCGGCUAGCCAAGCAAGAGCUUUCCUAUGCUCUGGCGCGCAAGUACGUGCCACAGCUUCAACAAGCAUGAAUGGUCGAUCAAGUCGGUCACACGCCAUUUGCACGCUCAGUAUGGAGCAGCAUGAAGCAAGUUUUGUGGAAGAGGGCGCUGAAACGCGGUAUUCUAAGUUUCACCUGGUAGAUUUGGCUGGCUCUGAACGCGUUCAACGCACUAACAUGGAAGGAGCACCGAAAUCGCACAAAAUCACUAAAGCUCAUAUACCAUAUCGAGACUCAAAACUCACACGUUUGCUUGAGGACAGUCUUGGUGGAAAUAGCAAGACACUGAUAAUUGCAUGCAUCAGUCCCGCUAACGUUAAUUACGAGGAGACAUGUAAUACACUACGCUAUGCAUUCCGAACGCGGAGUAUAGAGAACAGGGCCAUGGUUAACAACGAAAGCGGUAUCGCAAGCAAUGUCGCGAGCCUAAAGCGGCAGAUAAGAGUUGUGAAGUUACAGCACACAGUGGACAAGUCUGUCACAGAAAAUGCUUAUUCCUCUUCCUCUUAUACGAAGACUCAACUAGAGGAGCAAAAUCGCAAGCUGAAAGAAGAGCUUGUUCACGCAAACUGUGUGAAGGAUAGGUGGAAAAGUAUUGCGAGUGCACUAGAGACCAAGCUUGAAGAGGUGACGAAGGAGCUGCAUCGUUUGCAGACGCAAGCAGCGAAGAAAAAGGCAUUGAAAAAGCGGAAAACACGAGAGUCGUAUGAAACAAUGGAGACGUUAUUUAGCAGUAGUAGUGGCGAAGAAGACAACAGUGAAGGUGAUUCGGACUACAUCGAUGAGGACAACAAUCGAAAUUACAAAAGAAAGAAAAGAGGGAACAACACGUUAGCGCAGACGAGCUUGAAACAAUUGGACGUUAUGGAUGAAAUUGAUGAGCUGCUGGAAAACAGUGCAGUUUCUUGCUGUACCUGUCACGGGAAAUGCGCAACAAAGUCAUGUGCUUGCAAGUCGGUGAGCCGUGUCUGCAGCGCUGAAUCUUUAUGCAAUUCAAGCAAAUGCCGUAACGGGAGUAGUGGUACGAACACAUUAGCAGAGCGCGCGUGA